AUGGAGAAACCACAAGUGAUUGCCGCCGUGCAGAUUACAUCGGAAUGUUUGGGCGCCGCGCUGUAUGACACAGUAACAUGCAGGCUGUCGGUAGCAACGUUCAUUGAACAACGUGUUUCCGCAGAAGCAGUGCAGCUGUUUGUAAAGCAAGCUAUGGCAAAUGUGCUUAUUUUUCCGCAAAUCUGCGUUGACAACGGUUUGGCCGAACUGCUGCUGGAAAGCCAAGAUCAGCACUCUGUAACGGCGGAUGCGCGCGAAUUUGAGUUUGUCACUGGGAAAAAUCGACUUUUUGUUACCCAAGAAGCCCAUUCUAAUGGACGUGGUAAUGGUAAUAACAACGGUAAUAACAAUGGUAGUGGCGGUGGUGAUGGCGGUAGUUACAACCUGGUAAUUGACUCGGCCAUUGAUCAGGACUUUGUUUACACAAACCAGUGCUCGAUUGGGUGCACAGGAGCGCUGCUCGGUUAUCUGCAGGACAAAUACAGUGGGAGAAACAAUAUGCCUACUAUCCACGUAAAACCCCAGUCCAUCAAGAUGUACAUGACGGUUGGACAUAAUGCACUAAGAUAUCUCAACAUAUUUGACGACAAGAUGCACCCCAAUAUGCAUUCCCAGAUCAAGAGCGGAGAGAAAAAUUCAUUGUUUGACGGGUUGCCGUCUAUAAUCAAAGAGUUCUUGCUAAUCGAUCAAACUGUCUUUGUGUCCCUAGGCAGCUUGAUCAUUGGCACUGUUGAUUUCGACGCAAGUCGACAAGAAGGUCGGGUGGUUAUUCUGCCUGGCGUCAGCAGCAAAGUAGAUCACUUGCGGCAAAAGUUUGACCAACUAGACAGCCUAUUGGGUGAAGCCAGCUGCCAAAUGGAGGAGGCCGCGGGGGUCCCUGUGGUUGCGGUGUACUUUCCGCAGCUUGGUUUUCUAUCAUCAAUCGAUAUUGCAUACUAUUGCAAUGGCAGACUUGAGCAAACUCCUGAUGGUUGGUCACUAAAGUUUCAGACUGACAAGCAGCGUUACUACAAAAAUAGCAUUACACUUGGCCUUGACAAGUCACCAGGCGACAUAUUUUGCUUGGUGGUCGAUGCCGAGUCUGAGGCAUGCUUAGAGCUACAAAACGACGUGUGCAAUCGCGUCCACGACAUUCUUCAAGCAUUUGAGAUAAUGUCUCAAAUUGAUUGCUUGCAGGCCCUUGCCACAGCAUCCAAGCAGUAUGGUUAUUGUCAGCCGCGCCUUGAUAUGGGCGGCUGUAUUCACAUUGAGCAAGGCCGGCAUCCGAUACUUGACAUUACAAGCAGUGCGGGUGAAUUUAUUGCCAACAGUAUCCAUGUGACGGAUGCCAGCUGCACGCAUAGAGGCAGCAGCAAUGAUGGGUGCCAAAAGGCAGUAGCAUUGGUGGGUCCUAACGGCUCUGGGAAGAGCGUUGUGCUUAAACAAGCUGCGCUUUUGGUUUUCAUGUCGCACAUUGGCAGUCACAUACCAGCACUCAGCAUGCAGCUAGGGCUGACCAGCAGCAUAUUGGUUGCUGGCAUCUCGUCAGAGUCGCUUACGCACAAGACAAGUGCAUUUAAUUCCGAGCUUAGCACUGUCAUGACCAUUCUCAAAGCGGUGACGGCCAAUACUGUUGUGUUGCUAGACGAGUUUGGCCGCGGAACAAAUCCGGCCGACGGCAUGGGCUUGCUGUGUGGUGUGCUGCAGUCUCUUACCCGGAGGGCUGAUAAAAUGCCAUGGAUAAUAGCGGCCACACAUUUUCAAGACAUACGCAGCAUCCCUAGUGCGCAAGGAUUGUGGUCUUGCAUGCAGGUCAGAUGCAUGGAUUUUUGCGAGACAUCGUCAGGGCUAGUGUUUCUUUUCAAGAUUUCAGACAAGCGUGCCUCGCAGGGCUCCCACGCAGUUGCUUGUGCGCGCGAUGCCGGAAUACCUAGCAGUGUGCUGGAUUGUGCGUUGAAGUAUCUUUAA